AUGGGGUCACAACGAAAGACGAAUGGCCUGUCUCACACAGCUGUCCCUGGGCAGCUGUGCGACCUUACGGCGUCCCAAGCUCGCCUGCUCAUCGGCCAAGGCGUUAUAUCACCUGUAGAGAUCUUGGAGUCGUGCAUCGCACGUGUGGAAGCAAGCAAUCCGAGCAUAAACGCCGUCGUGACAAAGGCAUACGAACGAGCCCGACUCGAAGCAGUCCGUGCUGCCCAAGACGUCGCUGACGGCCGGCCGCUAGGCAUCUUGCAUGGCCUGCCAAUAUUGAUCAAAGACUUGAACGAAACAGAGAACAUCCGAACUACCUACUGCUCCCCAUUGUACGAAGACCACAUUCCCAAUGCCGACGACACCGUCGUGGCGCGCUUGCGACAGCACGGAGCCAUCGUCUUCGGCAAGACCAAUUCGCCUGAGUUUGGGAUCGGUUCCAACACGACGAAUCGUGUAUUCGGACCAACACGAAAUCCUUUUGCUACGGACCUGACGGUGGGCGGCUCUUCAGGCGGUGCCGCCGCUGCAUUAUCAACACACAUGGCUCCAAUCGUCAACGGCUCGGAUUCAGGGGCGAGCAUUCGCAACCCUGCGGCUUUCUGCGGCAUCGUGGGCCUCAGACCGACCCCUGGACUGGUCUCGUCUCCUGAAAGGAAAGUCGGCAUGUCGACGAACGGGGUCGAAGGGCCGAUGGCUCGGACGGUCGCGGAUGUUGCUCUGCUGCUCGCCGCGAUGGCGAAGCACGACCCUCGAGAUAUGAUGUCGGUGCCUGUGGAGCCGAAACAGUUUCUGACGCUCAAGUCUGUCGAUGCCUCUUCACUCCGAGUGGGCUUCUCAGAGGACCUAGGUUUUGCGCCAGUUGAUAAAAUCGUACGAGAGACGUUUCGCCGCAAGCUCGAAAUCAUCUCGCCAUCCCUGGCAGUUUGCGAGGAAUGUGAUGUCCAAAUGACAGAUGCAGAAGAGGCAUACUGGGGCGUGCGAGGCCUCUAUCUCCUCGCCGGUCACCACGCGAGGUACAAGCAACACGGCCAGGCGCUGGAUGCCAACCUCGUCUGGAACAUCGAGGAUGCUCUACACUCCACCCCGCUGCAAUACGCCGAAGCCUUCUCAGCCCAGACACGCAUCUACCGCGACUUCCAAUCCGUCUUCGACAAGUAUGACGUGCUCAUCACGCCGGCGGUCAACGUUCUGCCCUUCCCGCAUGCCCAGUCUUACCCGACAACGCUCGAGGGACGACCCGCCCGCCAUUACGCGGAGUGGUAUAGCAUCACGUAUGCGGUUUCGCUGGUGGGUCAUCCGGCGAUAUCCCUGUCGGCUGGUUUGGAUCCACAUGGCACGCCUUUCGGGUUGCAGGUGAUUGGGACGAGGUUCAACGAUCGGAGGUUGUUAGAGGUCGCGCAGGCUCUUGAGCUGGUGCUUUCGAGUCAUGCUGAGACUAGGAGGCCGGAGCCUGAUGUUGCGGCUUUGAGUUCUUAG